AUGCUUUAUACACGGACCAUAAAUGGCGUCGAACUGUCCUUCGAGGACCGCGGCAUGGUCACGUCUAAUCCAACAAUAGUCUGUCUACCUGGCUUGGGUCAGGACCACCGCGGCUAUCAAUACAUCCUCCCCUUCUUGGUGAGCAAGUACCGCGUCAUCAGAAUUCUAUGGAGAAGUCACGGCGCCAACAGCGAAUCCACCGGCAAAUGGAGCGUGGAGGACCAAGCAAACGAUACGAUCGCACUUCUAGACUCCCUCCAGGUCCAAGCAUUCAUCCCCAUCUCUCACUUCCAGGGAGGUUGGUGCGCUAUGGAGAUGGCUGCGCGUCUGGGGAAGCAAAGAGUCCCGGCUGUGCUGUUGACCGAUUUCAUCCUCACUCGGCCCCCUGCAGAAUUCAUUAAGAACCUGCAGAUGAUACAAAACAAGGAGACUUGGCAGCAGGGUCAAGCGCCCCUCAUCAAGAAAUGGCUCAACAACACCUCCAACAAGAAUGUUCUAGAUCAUUGUGAAAAUGACCUAGACACCGACGGAUUUGAGAGCUGGGCUUAUUUCUGCUGGCUGGUGGAAAAGAAUUAUGAGCGCUGGGGCUCACCGAUGGAGCGGCUUGGGGCUAUUGAAGACCCUCCUUUAGUUCGACAUGUCUUCAGCCAUCCCAGAGAGGGGCCUUAUCUUUCAGAACACGAGGAGUUUGCUCGGAAACACUCUGAUUGGUUCAGCUUCGCCAGGUUUGAUGGAGAAUCUCACUUCUCCAUUGUCGAGCUACCAGAAGCUGUGAGUCUGCAAUUAUCAGAUCUUGUCGGCCAGAUAAAGAGCAAGUAG